UAUUCACGUCAUGCUUUUUCAUUAAUUAACACUGACGACAUGUUUUUUGAUAUUAAAAAAUUAUUAUUAGUAAUUAAUAUAGUAAUUUUUAAUACUGGAUUAGUAUUAACUGAAAAUUUAGAAUGGAAACCGGAUAUCGAUUACAGUUGUAAAGAAGAACGACAACCAGUUGUUGAAUACUAUCGUGAAAAUGGUGUACAGUAUUUAUUUUUUUCACAACGAGUUACUUGGGAGGAAGCACGAAUGAUAUGUAAAAGUUAUUAUUCAAGAUUGGCAAUACUUGACACUAUGGAAAAGGCAACUACUAUUGCACGAUUGUUGGCUGAUUCGAAUAUAGAGAUGGAAGAUACGUGGGUUGGCGCAAAGAGAAUAGAUUUCGUGUGGUACUGGAUCGAUAAAGACACAGGCCCGUGGAAAAAUGUGCUGCCAAUAGAACCAAAUGUCGAAAAUUUCCCGCCCUGGAGUCGCGAACCGAUUCGACCUACCAAAGAAUGUCUUGCCAUUGAUCGCCAACUUCAUCAAUACCCUAAUUUCGUCGAUCUCGAUUGUCGACUUCAAAGACCAUUUAUUUGUCAAAAAAAGGACGGUGAUAUGAACACUCCGAUACCAUCAAAAUGGAUACAAAUAAAUAGAAAUACAUUCACAUUGUACCAUGGCAAGGUAACGUGGCAAGAAGCUGCGAUAUAUUGCAGAACGCAGGGAUUUAGAUUAGCGGUUGUUAAAAAUUUAAUUGUUACACAUAUUCUUAUUAAUAGUAUGACUAAAACUCGCCCAGAUUUCGAAAGUGUAUGGAUCGGAGCAUACUUCAAUAAUGGCCGUUGGAUUUGGUUAUCAACUGGCUCAAUAUUAAAUUCACUAACCGACGAAAGUGGGUACCCUCCAUGGAGAUAUGGACGACCUGAAAAAAAUAGCGGCUGUCUUCUUCUAGAUCGUCAUAUGGAAAAAAAUUCAACGUUUCUUGAAAUGUCAUGUGAUCACAAACGUGACUUUAUCUGCGAACAAUAUUCUGAUGAAGAGGAAAAUGACUGGUGGGAUGAUCCAAUUAAAUUUUCCUAUGACAAUGAUACAUUUAUAAUUUAUCCAUUUGACAAAACAUGGAAUGAAAGUAUGGAGCAUUGCAAUAAUUUAGGCAGCGUAUUGGCCAACGUAAAUAAUAUAAAUAUAAUAAAUAUGAUAAUUGAGGCAAUGGGUGAUCAUCCACGCGAAUUAUCACAUGUAUGGCUUGGUGGUAAUUACAAUUCAAAAACUGACGAGUGGUUUUGGGUUGCUACCAAUAAAAAAAUACCUAAAGACAAAGACGAAAAUGGUUUUCCACCUUGGACGAGUAUUGAAGGUGACGACGGGAUUGUUUCUCAAUCAUCAUCAACUUGCCUCAAUUUAGAUCGUACCGAUCAUGUAAAAUCACAUUUUUACGGGCUAGAUUGUACCAGUAAACAACCAUUUGUUUGCAAAACGACAUGUGAUAUUCCACCGACAAUAAACAAUGGGACGUGGAAAUGCACGGACGUCAUUAACGGACGAGAGUGUAUUUUACAGUGCAAUAAAAGCUUGAUAUUAACCGGAAUAAAUAAAAUCACCUGUACGUUUAAAAACGGCUGGUUUGCCGGUGACAAUUUAAUGGAAUUUCCCAUUUGUUUAAAUGCGUCCGAUUACACCGAACGCAUGAUACGCUCACUGAGCAAAGAUAUACAAACAAGUUCAGCUUAUUACCUUCUAAUGGAUCAUUCCUCGACGAAUAUUAAACUAAUGGCUCUAAAAUUUGCUCAGAAUAUUUUGAAAGCUUUCCCAGCCUCAGAUCAAUUGAAAACAGGAAUGACGACAUAUAUUACUGAUCCACCGGCAUUUCUACCGUUUCGGCAGAUAAAUAAUUGUUUGUUGAUAACUGCGUUAAAACAUUUACAAAAUAGUACGAUGAACAAUAAAACUGUCAUGGCAAAUGUUACGAGGAUUAAUAAAGAAAUUUCUAUGUACAAUGGACAGAAAAUAACAAUAAUUGCAGUAAUUGAUUUAGAACGCGGAUCACAUUAUAGAGAUAUUUUAAUGCAUUUCAAAUCAAUAGGCCAUCAUAUUAUUAUUAUCGGAUUAAGGGAACACUUAAAAGUUUUAUUACCGCUCGCGACAAUUGGAUUUGACCGUCGGAUGAAUUUAUUUUUAUUUGAAGACAACGAGUUCGAAUUGAUAGUCAACGAAUUGCAAAAACGUAAAAAGAAGCUGAAGUGCACAGAAUACUCGAUGAAUACAACGCGCAAUGACUUGAUUAUUCAAGAUAAAGGUAAUUUACCAAGUAAAUCGUCAGCAAUUGGAGAAGUAACUUCGGCUCCAAUCACUUCUACUUCAACUUCUACAAGUAAAACAAACGAUCAAGAAAAUGUAUCAGAAAAAAGUACACAAACUUCGACAACUGAAGGUACCACUACCCCAGAGAAUGAUUAUGAACAAGAAAAAUAAUUUUAAGAAUAUCUGAAAAUUUCUUGUAUAGUCACGAAAAUAAAGAAAAAAUGAAUGAAUUAUAAAAAUUUAAUUAAUAAUUUUCAUAUCGUAAACUGUCAUAAUUGUAUUAAAAUUUUAGUAAUUAACUAAAAAAAGUUAAAACAUUAAUUGAAAA